CAAAAAUUUGGGAAGCUGAGCGGCGCAGCGACCCAGACAACGGGCCUCGCAGACCUCACCUAACCUCAGCCUCCACCGCGUCACUUGGUCCCCCAGGGCAAGCCAGGGCAAGCCAGACGAAGGACCACCACGGCGAAAGGCACAGCAUGGCGAGCUCCAACCCCGCGCGGCCGUGCCUCAGGCGCGUGCUGCAGUCCUACCACCGAAGCGGCCUCGCAGCCUCGCAGCGACCACUGGCACCGACGUCCGCCGCCCCAGCACGCCCGUCGCUCUCGAGCCAGCAGCAGACCGGCCUCUUCUCCACGACCGCGCCGCUGGGCCAGCGCCGCAAGAACCGCGACCACAACCGCAACCGGGGCCUGUCGGCGAUCCGGGGCACGGGCACGCGCGAGGUGCUCUCGGUGGACAACGUGCCGCUUCCCCGGCCCGUCAGCCCCAAGGAGUUCCCGGCGGUCGUGACGGACCCAGACCACGGCCUGUGGGACUUCUUCUACAGCAAGGACAAACCGCUGAACACGCCGCAGGAGGACGCCGCGCACGGGCGGUCGUGGAGGGUGGAGGAGCUGCGGCGCAAGAGCUGGGAGGACCUGCACAGCCUGUGGUGGGUGUGUAUCAAGGAGAGGAACAGGAUCGCCACGGGCAACUGGGAGAGGUCCAAGGGGAAGUAUGGUUACGGCGACAACGAGAGCAAGGCGAGGGAGAUGGAGGUGCGCAAGACUCAGGCGGCGAUCAAGCACGCGCUCACGGAGAGGUUCUAUGCAUGGGAAGACGCGAGGAAGCUGGCGAAGGAUGACCCCGAGAUCAGUCUUACCGGGCGAGAGCCAGCCUAUAUCCCAGACGAGUCGCAUCUGGAAUCCGAGGAGGCGGCCUGGGAGGACUUGCCCGGUGAGCCGGGCACGGCCAAGGAGACCAGGACCUCCGAGGAGGCGAUUGACCCUUCAACAAUACCCAGCGGACAAAAGGUACAAGCAGAUGCUCCCAGGGUAUGAGACCUGGCACGAAGGAGUAUACACAUGGCAUAAGAGACGCGGGUGUUGUAAAGUUCACGUAUAGAAUGACAUUAUGCUCCGUCCCGAGUUGUGCCAGGUGACACUUCCCCGGGUCAAUCCUACCUGAGAUGAGUCGAGAUGAGGUUGAGAUGAAAGGUGUUGUUGAGAUUAUCAUGGUUGAUCUGGUGAUCCCUGGGACAAUAUUGCCAUCGCC